AUGAUUAUUGAUGAUUAUUCUAGUUUUUCAGUAAGACGUAGUCUUACGUUGGCUCAUCAAAUACGACCUGGCUCUAUUUGGAUGAAUACUUAUAAGACUAUAUGUGAUCAAGCACUAUUUGAUGGCUUUAAAGGAUCAGGUCAGGAAAAAGAAUUAGGUCGAUAUGGUCUCGAAGCAUACUAUAAAAGUGAUCUUGAUAAAGCAAUUGAAGCUGCUGAAAAAGGUUUCCAAUAUGAUUCACCGUGGCGUAAGUUUGAUCCUGCUGCACGUGCUCAGUUAAUUUGUAAACUUGCUGAUUUACUUCUACGUGUUGUGGAUUAUUUAGCAGCUGGUUUUCCACCAGAUAUUAUUAACAGUGUAUUAGGUAAUACACAUCAUCAGAAUGAAAACAACUCUUAUAAUGAUAUACAUAUUGUCGAAUUAGCAAAGACGCGUAUUGUUGGUGAUCCAUUUGAUCUUACAACUGAACAAGGACCAUAG